GGGUUAACAAUAGAGAGAGAGAGAGAGAGAGAGAGAGAGAGAGAGAGAGAGAGAGAGAGAGAGAGAGAGAGAGAACAGAAGCGCGAGCUGCUCUCCAUGCCUUCAGUCUAGCGGAGCGGGCGAUGGAUGUGAGAUUUUACCCGGCACCUCCUUCAAGCGUGGGCUCCUGUACAUUACCCACCGACACCAGCCUCUCCUCUCUGGACUAUUACCACUGCAACAAGAGCAGAUUCAGUGUAGGAGAUCGAGGUGUUAGGCUGUACGGCGCAUUACCCGUGAGACACAACCCUGAGGAGAAAAGACUGCCCUCUUCAGGGUUUGAUGGUGACAACAUGUACAUGAGUGAGAACAACCAAGAGUUCCUCUCCCCGAGUCAGCAGAAUUACUCAGGACACGGCGGGGGGAGCGGGAACGGCGGAGGGGGGGGAGACGAGGACUACGAGAUCCCCCCGAUAACCCCCCCGAAUCACCCCGAGCCUCACCUGCUGCACCUGAUGGACCCCGAGUCCAGUUACCUGUGUCACUCCAUCCCUCACAACGGCCUGAUCAACCCGUACUCGUACCCCGAGCUGCCCGCGCUCAUGAUGUCCAACAUGCUGGCGCAGGACGGGCACCUGCUGUCCAGCCAGAUGCCCUCGAUGCCGGCGUUUGCGGGGCAAGCGGGCAGUUAUUACCCCCGUGCCCACCACAGCCCCAUGAUAAACAGAUCUGCCCGGAUACUGCCCCACCCCAUGAGCGCCCUGUCCCAGCUCAGCUCUCAGAUUGGCCAAGGCUCCUUUACACACGGUUCCCCGUCAUCGUCAGGAAGUCAGUCAGCCACGCCCUCCCCCUCAAGCUCCGCCCAGGAAGAGGAAGCGAAGUACCACUCAAAGAUCACAGGAGAGAAGCGACCCUCCUCUGACAUGAUGAAGCCCAAGCCCAAACCUCAGAAGAAGAAGAAGAAGAAGGACCCGAACGAGCCGCAGAAGCCCGUCUCAGCGUACGCUCUCUUCUUCAGGGACACUCAGGCCGCCAUCAAGGGCCAAAACCCCAACGCCACCUUUGGGGACGUGUCCAAGAUCGUGGCCUCCAUGUGGGACAGUCUGGGAGAGGAACAGAAACAAGCAUAUAAACGGAAAACAGAAGCGGCGAAGAAGGAGUACCUGAAGGCCCUGGCAGCGUACCGAGCCAGCCUGGUUUCCAAGACCUACAGUGACCCGGUGGAGAGCAAAAGCGGGCAGUCUAGCCAGCCGUCGUCACACAUGAUGCCCCCCAACACCCCCCUGUACAGCGUCCCGCCCCAGCCCUCCUCCCCGUACCCCUUCCCCCUCUCAGACCUCCAGAGCUACGCAGCGGGGGCUCCCAGACACGGCCUGCCCCGCUCGGCCAUGCUGCCCGCGCUCAGUGCCUCCCCCCCAGCCUCCUUCCAGAUCAGCCCCCCCCUCCACCAGCAGCUCUCCCUGCACCAGGGCUCGCUCCUCAACCAGCCAAUCCGCAUGCAGCAGGUCCAGUCACAGCCAAUCAUCUCUCACCAGAUGGGCCUCCAGGCUCCGCUGCACUCCCCACCCCCAGGACAGCAGGGAUUCUCUCACUUACAGUCGGAGUAUCAGAAGAGUGUGGGGGGGUCUCAGUCUCCUGGGGCCCCGAACCCGGGGGGCCAGAACCCCGACUGGGACAGCGAGUACUGCAACCGGGAAUGCGGCGGAAACCACUGCAGUGGCAGUAUGAUAGGCAGGGAUAAGCCACUCUACCUCACUUGAAGAAAAACAAGGAGAACGGAAAGAGAAAAGAUGAAACAACACCAGGGAGUCCCCCCCGCACCUCUCCACCCUUCCCAGACAUCAUCAGUUUCCCUCAGUGUCAUUUUACAUUCGUUUUUAGAAGGAUGUGUGUGUGUACGCGUUCUGAAGACUACUAGUGAUCCUUUCAUUUUUGCCAAGCACUUAAAAAUGUACAGGCCUCUGCGCCAGAGACCUCAGAGAGCACUCACCCCGUCUCUGAAUAAACUUAAAAGAAAACAACAAAAAAAAGAUGUAUAUAACAAAAACGAAAAGGAAAAAAAAUAAAGCAAACUACCAUUAAACUGGCCCUCAGGGCAAAUGAGCUUUAACUAUAACAGAGGAAAACUCUCCUCUUAGUUUCUCAGUUACUUUCCUCCUCGUCUCAUUUUUGUUUUAUUUUGUCGUUGUACUUUUUAUUUAUUUCCUGCUUGCAACAUAGCUCUUCUUUUGGCCAAAAAACAGGUCUGCUGUUACUUUAGGGAAAAGUCUCUUUCGAGGGGCGACACGUUGUU